AUGGUCAUUCUGGCCCACUGUUGCACCCUGGAUGAAAAGGAGCAUAUACCGAGAAAGGCCAGGAAACAUGCAGAUGGCCAACUGGCCACCAAUCCACAGCACCAUAUUUACCAGGGGCAGCCCAACCGGCCCCAGUUCCUCGCACACCGACUGACGGGGCCUGAGCGCCUGCCCGGCUCCAGAUCCCACUCGAUCCAUCCUCAUUACUCCAGUGGAGCCUCGGGUCACCCUCAAUGUGGCAGAUGCUGCGCGGAGACCCUCUGCACCCCUGCGAACACGGCGCUGCGAGUGGCGCGGAGCAUGCGGGUCGCGGUCUGCAGCCUGCGCGCCAUCUCUGCGCCCAAUGCGCCCUGCCCGCCGCGGCCCUGGGGACUGCGGGCGGGCGCCGUCCGGGCGCUGCGCACCGGCCCCACUCUGCUGUCGGGUCGUAAAUUCACAGACAAACAUGAAUGGGUAACAACAGAAAACGGUGUUGGAACAGUGGGAAUCAGCAAUUUUGCACAGGAAGCUUUGGGAGAUGUUGUUUACUGUAGUCUGCCUGAAGUUGGGACAAAAUUGAACAAACAAGAGGAAUUUGGUGCUUUGGAAAGUGUGAAAGCUGCUAGUGAACUCUACUCUCCUCUAUCAGGAGAAGUAACUGAAAUUAAUGAAGCUCUAGCAGAAAAUCCAGGACUUGUCAACAAAUCUUGUUAUGAAGAUGGUUGGCUGAUCAAGAUGACACUCAGUAACCCUUCAGAACUAGAUGAACUAAUGAGUGAAGAAGCAUAUGAGAAAUACAUAAAAUCUAUUGAGAAGUGAA